CUCCGUCUGGGAGUUUUUCACGUUGAUGGUUUUACGGGACGGAUUGAAGUCUUCACACUGUCCCAAGCAAGAAUAGCUGUUGGGAUUGUUUUGUGCUUUUGUAGCGGGAGUUUUGGAUAAACUUCCUUAGGUGGUUUAUUUUUUCUUCUGAUAGUACUCUUAAACUGUCACAAUGCCAGUUUUUCACACGAAGACGAUAGAAAGUAUCCUGGAGCCGGUGGCUCAGCAAAUAUCCCAUCUGGUGAUAAUGCACGAAGAAGGUGAAGUUGACGGGAAAGCUAUACCAGAUCUGUCGGCACCGGUAGCUGCGGUACAGGCGGCCGUUAGCAACCUUGUUCGGGUUGGAAAGGAGACUGUACAAACCACAGAGGACCAGAUCAUGAAAAGGGAUAUGCCACCCGCUUUUAUCAAAGUGGAGAAUGCGUGCACGAAGCUGGUGCAGGCUGCCUCCAUGCUGAAAGCCGAUCCAUAUUCUGUUCCUGCUCGGGAUUACCUCAUCGAUGGCUCUCGGGGCAUCCUGUCUGGGACCUCUGACCUUCUCCUGACCUUUGAUGAGGCAGAGGUCCGCAAAAUAAUUCGUGUGUGCAAAGGCAUUCUGGAGUACCUGACUGUUGCUGAGGUGGUGGAGUCGAUGGAGGACUUGAUCACAUAUACAAAGAACCUGGGACCAGGUAUGACAAAGAUGGCAAAGAUGAUAGAUGAGCGACAGCAGGAGCUCACACAUCAGGAGCAUCGUGUGAUGUUGGUUAACUCCAUGAACACAGUCAAAGAACUGCUGCCCAUCCUCAUCUCAGGUAUCAAAAUUUUUGUAACAACCAAGACAUCUGGCAGCCAAGGUGUGGAAGAGGCCUUGAAGAACCGCAACUUCACUUUUGAGAAGAUGAGUGCCGAGAUAAAUGAGAUCAUCAGAGUGCUGCAGCUUACAUCUUGGGAUGAAGAUGCUUGGGCCAACAAGGACACAGAGGCCAUGAAGAGGGCUUUGGGGCUUAUAGAUUCCAAGAUGGCUCAAGCUAAGAAUUGGCUGAGGGAUCCAAAUGCUCAACCAGGAGAUGCAGGUGAACAGGCCAUCCGACAGAUUCUGGAUGAGGCUGGAAAGGUCGGUGAACUUUGUGCAGGAAAGGAACGCAGAGACAUCCUUGGCACAUCCAAGACUCUGGGCCAGAUGACUGACCAGGUGUCUGAAAUGAGGGCCAGAGGUCAAGGUGCAUCCCCAGCUGCGAUGCAGAAGGCACAGCAGGUUUCACAAGGGCUCGAUGUCCUCACGGGUAAAGUGGAAAAUGCUGCUCGUAAACUGGAGGCCAUGACGAACUCAAAGCAGGCUAUUGCUAAAAGAAUCGAUGCUGCACAAAACUGGCUCGCAGACCCGAAUGGUGGCCCAGAAGGAGAAGAGAACAUUAAGGCCCUGCUCACUGAGGCCAGAAAGAUUGCAGACAUGUGUGAGGACCCCAAAGAAAGAGAAGACAUUUUGCGCUCUAUUGGAGAGCUGGCUGCCAUGACUGCGAAGCUAUCUGAUCUCAGAAGACAGGGUAAAAGUAACACUCCUGAGGCCAGAGCUUUGGCCAAACAGAUAGCAACAGCCCUGCAGAACUUGCAAUCCAAGACCAACAAGGCUGUGGCCAACAGCAGGCCUGCAAAGGCAGCUGUUAACUUAGAGGGAAAGAUUGAACAGGCGCAGCGCUGGAUUGACAAUCCCACCAUGGAUGACAGUGGCGUGGGGCAGGCAGCCAUCCGUGGCCUGGUGGCAGAGGGCCGCAGGCUGGCCAACGCUUUGCCGGGUCCGUACAGGCAGGAGCUGCUGGGUAAAUGUGAGCAGGUGGAGCAGCUCAUGGCCCAGCUGGCUGACCUGGCUGCCCGCGGCGAAGGGGACUCCCCUCAGGCACGUGCUAUUGCUCAGCAGCUCCAGGAGGCCUUAAAAGACCUUAAAGGAAAGAUGCAAGAAGCAAUGACUCAGGAAGUGUCUGACAUCUUCAGUGACACAACCACCCCCAUCAAAUUACUGGCAGUGGCUGCAACCGCCCCUCUUGAUGCUCCCAAUAGAGAUGAGGUAUUUGAGGAUAGAGCUUCCAACUUUGAGAACCAUGCCAAUAAGCUUGGCGCCACAGCAGAGAAGGCAGCUGCUGUUGGCACCGCUAACAAAAGCACAGUGGAGGGAAUUCAGGCUGCUGUCAAGUCAACAAGAGACUUAACACCGCAGGUGGUAUCUGCUGCUCGUAUUCUUCUGAGAAACCCUGGCAACCAAGCUGCAUAUGAACAUUUUGAGACCAUGAAGAAUCAGUGGAUUGACAAUGUGGAGAAAAUGACAGGCUUGGUGGAUGAGGCUAUCGAUACCAAAUCUCUGCUGGAUGCCUCAGAGGAGGCCAUAAAGAAGGACCUGGAUAAAUGCCGGGUGGCCAUGGCCAAUCACCAGCCUCAGAUGCUGGUAGCCGGUGCCACCAGCAUCGCCCGCAGAGCCAACCGUAUCCUCCUGGUGGCAAAACGAGAGGUGGAGAAUUCUGAGGACCCCAAAUUCAGGGAAGUGGUGAAGGCUGCAUCUGAUGAGCUGAGCCAGACCAUUUCUCCGAUGGUAAUGAAUGCGAAGGCAGUGGCUGGAAAUAUUCAAGAUCCAAGUCUUCAGAAAGGCUUUCUGGACUCUGGUUUUAAGAUUCUUGGUGCUGUUGCAAAUGUCAGGGAGGCCUUCCAGCCCCAAGAGCCAGACUUCCCACCACCACCCCCUGAACUGGAUCAUCUUAGUCUUAAUGAUGAAGCAGCACCUCCCAAGCCUCCUCUUCCUGAAGGUGAGGUUCCUCCCCCAAGGCCUCCUCCCCCUGAAGAGAAGGAUGAGGAGUUCCCUGAGCAGAAAGCUGGCGACGUGGUAAAUGAGCCCAUGAUGGUGGCUGCCAAGCAGCUUCACGAUGAAGCCCGCAAAUGGUCCAGCAAAGGAAAUGACAUCAUUGGUGCCGCCAAACGAAUGGCCCUGCUCAUGGCAGAGAUGUCGCGUCUGGUGCGUGGAGGCAGCGGAAACAAGCGUGCACUCAUUCAGUGCGCCAAAGACAUUGCAAAAGCUUCAGAUGAGGUCACUCGGUUGGCUAAGGAGGUAGCCAAGCAAUGUACUGACAAACGCAUCCGGACCAACCUGCUCCAGGUGUGUGAGCGCAUUCCUACCAUCAGCACUCAGCUGAAAAUCCUGUCCACAGUCAAGGCCACCAUGUUGGGUCGUACCAACAUCAGCGAAGAGGAGUCGGAGCAGGCGACUGAGAUGUUGGUCCACAAUGCUCAGAACCUCAUGCAGUCUGUGAAGGAGACGGUCAGAGAGGCAGAGGCAGCUUCCAUUAAGAUCCGGACAGAUGCAGGCUUCACCCUCCACUGGGUCAGAAAAACCCCCUGGUACCAGUAAGAGGAGGACUGCUGGUACUCCGCCUCUUGCUGGUUCUGUCCAGCUGUCCAAGAGGACAUUGAAUGGACAGACAUGUUUUAUUAUAGCCCCACAUCUUCAAAUGGGCAAAGUUUCUCGUAUUAGUCCCAUGUCCUGUCUGUAACGGUUGCUGUUGUGCUAGAAUGUAAACGAAGGGACUAUCGGUGUGAGUUAUGGGUUAAAAUCUUACUGGGAAGUAUGUAAAAAUAUAUAUUUCAAAACUUAUUUUGACAAAUCCCAGGAAAUAUAUAUAUUUUGAUCAAAGGUUAGAUUUCACAUAAUGUAAGGGUGAUUGUUUCUGGUCUUUUUGGAUCCAGAUCACAUUAAGUUAAAUUUAAAUAACAUUUCUUCAAGACAUUUUUAUAUCUUUGUACUGAUUAUUUUAUCACGAUUAUUUGUUCACUUUGCUAGGAAAAGCACAUGAACUUGAGAAGUUGUUACAAGUACAGCGAUAGCCUAUGCUCAGCACACACAGAAUAUAUAGUGCUUUUACAUCUGUUUACAAUAUUCUGUUUAAGUGAAAGAGAAACACUGUUCUUUUAAUACUGUAAUGCAGUUGUAGCACUCUUUUUCUUUAAGAUCUGCCAAAGAUAUUUUACCAUUAUCUUUGAAAGUUUAGUUGUCUUUUGUCAGUUUUUUAGACACGUUAAAUAAAUAACAUGAAAAUCUUUGCUGAAAGCAGGCAAAGACUUAAAGUUUGCAUUGGAGUUUAGAUUUUUUGAAUGUUGCAUUAAGAUGAGAAGUAAAAGAUACAAGCUUUUCAGACACUAUUAGGCUAAUAGCACAGUUUUUAUGUCAACACCACACACUUGUCUUUUUUUGUUGUUGUGCACAAUCAUUUUGGUAAUGUAUGACUUGCACACUUCUUGACUGUCAAGGGAGAGAGCAGAACUUAAACAUCAGACAAGUGUCUUCAGCUGGUGAAACCUUCAUUCUGUAUACUCACAUUUGUCUCUACAUGUUUUGAUACACUAAAUGGAAACGGCCACCUUUCGUGGCAACUGUAGUGAAUACUUUAAAAUCUCUGAAGCCCUUUUAUGUUAAGUGUCCUUUAGAUAGCUAAUACCAACUAUGUGCCUUGCAAGAUAAACAUAGUUUGCAACUGAUAGUUUUCAUUUUAAGAUAUUUGUAUCAUUUGAAGGUGUGGCUGUGUUAAUUUGUUCAAAACACUUAUUGUACAGAAAUUUUCUUUAAAGCUAAACCUGAUUCAUGACUUUUACUAAUGGUGAAAUUAUGCUCUAUGCAAACCUUGAGGUUUUUUUUUCUCCUAAAAUUAUGCAACUUGGAUGGGUUUAAAUGGUUCUGCUUAAAUGUUGUUCACUAUUUUGUAAUAAAGCAUUUUAUAGCA